CCUGCUCAACAGCACCCUCUCGUCGUUCACUUAUUGUAUAUCUGACUCAGACUUGAUGACGGGAUUAUAAUCGAUACGGAUUUCGCCUCAGACUCAAUUCUCCUCCUCUCCUCGUUUCUUCGCCCGGUCACGUUCCUAUCGUCGAUCUUCCCAUCUCACCAUAGGGGCUGAACUACAUCGCCCUUGAUCGAGACAUCACAUCCUCCUCUUCAUCCGACCGGUCUUCAUCCCGUGUCACACAUUCAUCCUCUCGCCCACCAUGCGGGAGGUCAACUUCAGCAUCCCAAAUGUCAACAAGGCCUCUGUAAAUAUCACAACCACCCUCUACGACCGGCGUGCCUUGGAUUGCACAUCAACGCUACCACUCAUCAACUCCCUCAACCAUUUGGCCUAUCUCACCACAUCAUCAGCCCGUAUCCGCGAUAUUCUGACCGUCGAUGGCGGCAUCGAACGGCUGGUAUGUAUCCUCAAGGAGGGUCGGAGUCGGGAUUUGAUGGAGAUGUGGAAGUGGAGCCUCGCCUUCCAAUGUGUUGUCAAUAUUGGUGUGCGGGGCUCGGAGAGCGUGAGGACUCGAGUCGUCGAAGCCGAUAUGGUGCCCGUGAUUGCCACCAUCCUUGAUAACUAUAUUAAAGUGGUCGAAAAAGCCCGCGCACGGGCGGAUUCAGAAAACCAGAGACAUUCAUCACGACACCACUCCAAGGGUGCACCCAUCACCAACGACGCCCCUUCGCGUCCAGUGUAUGUGGACCAAUCGACGAACACCGAGCAACGUCCCUCUCGCCGCCAGGCGCCACCGCCUCACAUUGAAAUCCCCCCUUUCUACCAAGACAGCCAUGCCUCGGAUUCGAACGCCAUGGACAUCACAUCGUCCCCUCGGGUGCCUGUGACCUCCCCUCCGGAACGGAGCACCUUUGGACAGGAUGCCCACAACCUUAGAUCCAAUGAUACCCGCUAUGCCCAUGCUGCUCACCGCUACCGGGUGAUGCAGCCCCUUGCCACUGCCCUUCCUCCUAUGGAUGCAGCCGAUGGCUUUGGCCUACGCCCCGUGCGCGACACAGAGAGACUUCCCAGCAUGCUGCCUGGUUUCCAGAACGGCCUUGCGUCUCAGCCUGACUCCCCAACCACUCCCAGCGGUCCUGCGCAGCUGCGCAGCAACACACAAGCCCCUUCCGCCCGACCACGGCCUACCCUGAGGCAACAGCAAUCAGCCUCUGGUGAGUCGGAUGAUGGAAAUGGCGAGGGCUCGACUCUGGGUGAUGACCCGGGUUCUGGAGAGACCGCUGAGCCGAUUGUCGGUAUCCAAAACCGCAUGGAGAUCGACGAUGACGGCGACAGGCAAACUGUGCUGGAGGGUGUUUCCAACACGCACGACUUGACUGUCAAUGACACCUCUGAAAGCCAGGAAGCCGAGACAUUCAACAUCACUCACCGUUCUACUGUGGAUGGCAGCAUGAUCAACAACGAUGCAACGCGCACGAACGGGGCCUUGGGCCUCUCACCCACGCAAGCCCCCAAUACUACCAACUCGCCUGCUGUUGUUCCCAGCCCAUACUCACUGUAUGUGCGUGACCGAUCAACCACAGCGGUGCAGGGCGUCUUGACGACGAUGCCCAAGGACGAAGAUGUCCUUAUGUCGCUUCAGUUACUCGCAUAUGUUUCCAAGUACUGCAACCUGCGCUCUUAUUUCCAGCACUCCCACCUCGUCCCUAAGCUCAAGGUUGACCGUGAGCUCCAAAUGUUGGAGGACGGCGUGUCGCCCAUCGAACCUCCGGAGGAGGAAGAUGAAUACCUGCUCCCGGACGAUGUCAACAUCUUCCCCUUGGUGGAGAAAUUCACGGUUCGCCACCACUCCAAGGACAUGCAAUACUGGGCAUGUGUGGUGAUGCGGAAUCUCUGCCGUAAGGACGAGUCGCGAGGCGGCAUCCGGCAGUGCGCAUACUAUAAGUGUGGCAAGUGGGAGGAAUUCCAGCGACAAUUUGCCAAGUGCCGGCGCUGCCGUCGCACCAAGUACUGCAGCAAAGACUGCCAGAAGGCAGCGUGGGUGUACCAUCGUCACUGGUGCCACACCACGCCAUGAUAUGAACGCAUGAAACUGUUUAAUACCUCUAAUGCAUAUCGGCUUGCAUAGCGUCGUAUCUGUCAUCUGUUACCAUUUCGUCAUUCCGUUUCGUUUCCGAGGGUUUCACGUCUACCCGUGCAUGGCAUUUCAAAACCUGGCGGCGUUGCUCUUCAUCCCAAAGAUACCUCUUCCUGAUUCCCGGUCAUAUGGAUUGAUACUAGCGGUCAUGAAUGCGUGCACCUUUCUACCUUCUUCCUUGGAUUGUUUCUGUCUUCAUCAUCUUUUUUUCUCUCUGUCACUGUUCGAGCCCCUAGUUCCUCCCCGUCCUGACGCCCAACG